AUGUACACUGAUAUUAUUAAAGCUCAAAUUGAAAUAUUGCAAAAAUGUGGUUCUUUAGCGAUCGAUAUGGAUAAGUUACCUUUAGCAUUCGAAUUAUUAACUAAAACUUUAGAAAAUGAUCCUUUAAAUUUGAAAUCAUUAUUAUUAUUAAGUAACGCAUAUUUGAAGAAUAAAAGUUUUAUUAAUGUAAUUCAUCUUUUAAUCACUGCAGUUAAUUCAAAAUCAAAGAUUAUAUUAAAUAAUAUUAUGAUAUGGCAAAAAUUAGCUGUAUCUUAUUAUAGAUUAAAUAGAUUCGAUGAUUCAAAUCACGCGAUCUUACAGGCACUUGCGCUUUUCGAGAAAAGUUCAAAGUAUUCAAUGAUAAUUAAUAAUAAUUCAAUUACUGAAACAUCGCAACAAUUUCCAUUGAAAGUUGAAGGAACAAAUAUCUUAAAUGCCGAUGUAACUGUGGAAUCUAACAACAACAACAACAACAAUAAUAAUAUUCAAAAAAAGCCUACAACUACUCAAAUUGAUAAUGAAGAUUCAAAUAAUAAAACAGAUUCGUCAAUGAACAAUGAUAAUAUUUUACCAACUUUAUCAGAAUAUAAAAUGUAUGUUCUUCGAUGCAGAAUUCUGUUAUUAAUGGACAAUCGAUAUGGAACUUUAGAUGAAGUAUUACCUGCUUUUGAUAAAUCUUUACAAUUUCUGGAAAAAUUUGGUAACUUUAAUUAUUAUCUCGACGUUUUAAUUACUAGAGCUCAAUUCUUUAAAAAAUUUGAAAAUACUAUAAAUUGUAAAAAUGAUUUAAUGUAUGUAUUGAGACUAUUAGAUGAAAAAAGAGAUCAACUGAAACCAAAUGAUCAUUUAAUCAAAGUAAGUUAUACAUACUAUUUCUUAGCAUCAUUAAUUUAUGAAGAAAAUCCAAAUAAUUAUCAUGAAGCAAUUAAGUUAAUUCAUUCGGGAAUUGAAAAAUAUCAACACAUGACUUCAUCAAUAAAACCACUUUUAUUAUUAGAAACACAAUUAAUAUUCCUAAGUGGCGAUAACAAUGAAAUUUCUAGUAAGAUUGAUCAAUUAAAAUUACAACUUAAUUUAGAUAGUCCAAAGGAUCAAGCUUUAACGUCAUAUAUGAUAGCAAGAUUAUUGUUAAAACAAAACAGAGAACAUAAUGCAAACCAAGCAUACGAGUAUUAUCAGAAAACUUUAAAAAUUUUACCAAAGGAGCCUUGGAUUUGGAUAUCAAUUGCUUCAUUAUAUUUAGGUCUAGGACAAUUCGAUGAUGCACUUUCUACUUAUACUCAAGCAGUUAAUCAUUCGCUAUAUACUGAUGAAAACCAAAGUGAAAAAUCAGAGAGGAGCCUUUCGGAUGCAUCUAGUGUGACCAGUAAUUCUUCCACGUCUAACAACCUAUUACCAUCCUAUGAAUUGAAAUUUAACAAUAUAUUUGCUGCAAUUGCAUGGUUCGGCAUAUCACAGGUCUACACAGCAACUGACGAAUAUAAAAAUGCGAUAGAUGCCAUUAACCAGGCACUGAAGUUAUUCAAAAUUGAAAAGGAUUCUGAAAAUGUCAAUAAAAUAAAAACCUUACUUUCAAAAUUAAUUGUACUGGAAGUUAACAGUAAUAACGAGAAUUCAACAGAGCAUACCACUGAUUAUGAACCAAAAACAAAUAGUUCAGAUUCUAUUGAAAAAAUCGAUAAAACAAUAAAUAAAGAUGAGAAGUCUUUAAAAUACGAAAAUCCUGAUGUACCUAUCUUUGUUCUAAUCGAUCUCAUGAAUCACAGAGACGGAAAGUUAUUUGCACCGAUAGAAGCUGUAGAGAAGGAGGAUAUCUGUUCACUCGAGAUAGAAAAUGUUGACGAAUAUUCCACAGAUUCUGAUCAUAACUCUUUAAAUAGCAAUGAAGAAAUAAUCGAUUUAACUAGCGAAGAAAUUAACAGAUCUAGGAAGCGGAAGAGAUCCCGGAUAAAUUGGGAGAAUGAGGUCGAGGAAAAUGCAAAUAAAGAAAAAAUUUUAAAGUCUUCCUAUUUCAACGGAAACCAAAAUUAUGAAAAUCCUCAAAGCUCUUAUUAUGAAAGUAACGUGGGUUCUCAUCACCAAACCCUACCAUCCACAAUCAAUCCCAAUUAUGGAUUGUAUAACUCUUACAAGGUUCCAAUGCAGACAGCACCUUAUGAUCUUAGAAAUAAUUAUCAGCAAGCGAACGGUUUCAUGCCUCCUGAAAAAUUAGACAGAUAUAACAGAAGAGAAGGUGAGAAUGAAAUAAGAAGUCAUUAUGAUCAUAACCAAUACAACAUGUCUCCACAUCCAAUACCAAUUGUUACUAAGAGUCAAAUAAUUUCAAUGCCAGUUUUCAUUCCAGAUCCUAGACAAUCAUUACCCACAUCAUCGCACACUACGCCGAUUGUACAUUACGAACCCAAUAAUAGAGAUUUUAGGAGACCUUACACUGCUGGUGUUACACCUAAUCAAUAUGUACAUAGGGAUCUCCAGUAUGUUCAGGGUUCGCCUCAAGUUGAUUAUAACAGGACAAUACUCGAACCUUCGCGGAUGCAACAAAUCUCGAGUAACAUGGGUCAAGGUAUUCAACACUCAAUUCCAACUCAAAUACCAUAUCAACCCGUUAAUAUGAUAAAUAAUAGGGUAAGUGGAGAUGAAACACGUCCAUUUGUUUUCAAUGGCGAAAAUAUGGUAAGCCAAUCUAGAGGGCCGGUUCCCCAGAAUGGUCUUAUGGACAACCAACACCAAAUAAAUAAUAAUGCAUAUUACACCAAUCCCACCCACCCACAUGACUCUCGAUAUUAUCAAUGA